AUGAGUUUCCAGUUUGUAUUGGCUGAUGAAUCAGCUUUAAAACUGCCAGUUAUUGAGAUGGAUGACUUGGGGGAUUUGGAAACGGGACCUAAACAUCAUAAGCUAUCGAUAUAUCCCAGAACACAAUUUGGUCAACAAAAAAGGUCUUUUAGUAGUGAAUACUUCAUGAAUACCAGUGAAUAUUUGGUGGAGCCAGUGUUAAUGAAGAUACUUGGACCAAAAAUAGAUUCAACAACUGGCAAAAAGCAACUGUGUGAACGAUUACAAAAACACAAUAUUGCUCUUAGCCAUAUUACAUGUGUUACAAAAUUGUCAUCAUUUUAUUCAAGUAAAUCAAAAGGAUCUGUUGUAGCUCAAUUGUCGUCUGCACACAAAGAACAAAUUAGAAAAAAUCGUCUGUACAUUUCACAUCUAAUUGACAUAGUGUUGUUUUUAGGAAAACAAGGUGUUGCCUUUAGAGGGCAUUAUGAAAAUGAUGAAUCAAUUAAUCAAGGAAAUUUUAAAGAGUUGUGCAAGUUGUAUGCUAAAUCUGUACCAGAUUUUGAAAAUAUGUAUUCUAAAGAUACUAAUUAUAGUAGUUGGAGAAUACAAAAUGAACUUAUUGAUAUUUGUGCCAGUUCCAUAAAAGAAAUCAUACUUAAUGAAAUUUCAACCACUGGUUUCUUUGCUAUUAUGUGUGAUGAAGCUAGGUCGGUAUUUCAUCGGCAACAUGUGAAAGGUCAUUUUCGUCAAUGCGCCGCAUUAAGAAUUGGUUACGCACCAGUAUGGUGCAGAGUAGAUUUACUAAUCUGUCAUCUUUAUAUAUAGAAAGA